UUGGGAGGCGAUUGAUGACUUCCAAUCAAGAAAGCUGCAAGGAUUUUACAGUUUGAACAGCCUGCGAGCAGUAGGGGUCAGAGGAAGUAAAAUUUAUCGAAGAGCGAAGGUGUUGGAUUUUUUUUUUUGCUAUUGUUAUUUUCCGCGAUUUCCGAGGAUUUCGCAACGGGCAAAGAUCGAAGAAUAUUCUAGAAUCGGUUAGUUUAGAAGGUCGAAGAAGUUGUUGAUGGAAGCGGAACGAACGGCCCGGACCCCUGACGCAUGCACCAGCCGUGGUCUCCCCACUUAUCGAGCAGCAGGGCAGCUCCCAACUCACGACGGAAGCCGAUGUCAGUUUCUAUUUGACUGUCAAAGCUGAAUCAAUCGCUUCACUUUUCUACCAGGUCAAGGUACAUUUUGAGAGAUGAGAGUCGCGAUUUUGGCCGUUUUGGCAAUCGCCUGUCUGUCCGGCUACGCCAGGUCCGAGUCGGAAUGGAUGGAACAAUUGCUCGACGAGCUGACGAAGCACGAUAGGGAAGAAUUGGACACGUCCGCGGCCAAGGACAAAAUGGACGUCGACGCUUCCGCCUCACAGGAAAGGGAAGAAACUACCCCGAAACCGAAGAAGAAAUCGGAAGAACAGGAUGAAUCGGAUGAAGACGACGACGAUGAUGACAUCGGCUUAGGGCCGGUGUUGAGCAUGCCCAAUAUCUUCAGGCUUUUGACUACCCAUGCUGCUAAACCAUGGUGGAUGGGUGAACACGUUUGCAUCGAAAGGACCGAAGGUACGAAGGAUGACGAUGAAUCUGGCAAGUCGACACCGUACUCUGGCAUUUUCAUCAUGACCGGUACUGCAAGGUACUCCACCUGCCAAAACGGACCCAACAAAUACGUUUGCACUACAGUUGUACAAGAGAAUGGAAAAACGACAAAAUCUACUAUUGUAAAGAAGUGUUGUAAAGGAUUCAGAUUAGGUGCUUCCGGUUGUGAGAAAAUUGAAACUAAACCAAUUGAAGAGAUCGCCAUGGAUCUUGGGUGCAGUGAGUUUACCAAUUUGGCCAAAAAGGAAGGCUUGGAGGAAGAGUUGGAAGGUGAAAAAACCAUCUUCCUGCCACUCGAUUCGGCCAUGAAUGAAGUUGAUAACACAAACUCUAUACUUACUAACGAAGUGUUGGAACCAGCAGACAAAAUGAAGAGAUCUUCAGUAGAACAACACAUCGUGGAUGGUGUUGUAGAAAGAGGAGAAUUUGAAAAUGACAUGGUACUCAACACAAUGAACAACUCUACCAUUAGAAUUAAUGGAUAUCCAGGAGGAAUAAUUACAGCCAACUGUGUUCCAAUAAAUAAGACUGAUAAAUUUACAAAGAAUAGUGUCAUUCAUGUUGUUGAAAAACUUUUGACAAGCCCAGAAAAAACAGUAGGAGAAAUUUUACAAGAACACUACCCAAAGUUUAAAACGUUCCUAGAAAGUGCAAAUUUGGUGAAAGAUUUGGACUCGAAAGACAGUUCAUUCACCAUUCUUGCAGUCAGUGAUAAAAAUCUUGAUAAUUUUGACCCUGAAAAUGCAAACUGCCUUAGCACCAUCCUCAAGCACCACGUCAUCCCUAGAACAGUUUGCACAGCCGGUGCCAAGAACGGAAAGAUUUUCAGCUCUGAUGUACAAGGCGAAUAUGUCAGUUUUGAAAAUGACAAUGACAACCUAAUCGUAGGUGGAAAGGCCAAGAUGAACAGGCCCGAUAUCCUCGGCUCCAACGGUGUUGUGCAUGAAAUUGACCAGUUGAUUACACCCCCGUCUGCAGUAGGUGCUCUGGACCUCCUACGUAAAACAAAUCAUACUCGCUUCCUUGACCUAAUUGAAAAGUCAGGCCUGAUGCAAUGGCUUGAAAAGGCAAAGAACAUCACUCUCUUUGUCCCGGUUGAGGAGUCCUUGGAAAAACUUGAAAAGUUGGAAAAAGAGGAACUUGUAAAUGCAAUUAAGUACCACAUCGCUCAUGGCAAACAUGAUUUGCACAACCUUUCUGUAUCUAAUGGCAUCCCAACUAAGCACGGCGAGGAUAUCAAAGUGACCAGCAACAGAAAUAUUCUGGCGUCUCUUUUUGGAUCUCCGGGUUUAGAUGUUCAGUGCGCUCGUUUGACCAGGGUUGAUGGACAAAUAUGUAACGGAGUGGCUCACGAAGUCUCAAAGCCUAUCCUUCCACCGUGGAAAUCCUUCAUGGAUGUACUUGAAAACCCAGACUUUUCAAAAUUCAAAUCCACCAUCCAAAAUACCAAGUUAUUCGAGAAGUUGAAGAAUUCAGAGAGCUCAAGAGGGUUCACUCUGCUUGCCGUUAAGAAUGACGGAUUUGACAAACUGAGCGAGAGAGACAUGAAACUCCUUCAGGAAGACGAGGACACCAAGGAACGAUUCCUCCAGUCUCACGUACUCCCGGGCAGCACUUGCUGCAGCAGAAUGAACGGAGGCCCUUGGCCGUUUGUCAGCCCUAUCAGGAACAUCCUGGGACAAGUGCUUUCCUUCGACAGGACCAGAUCUGGAAUGAAACUCGGAGGAGCCAAAAUUCAAGAAUGUGACCUUGUAGCUAAAGACGGCAUUGUGCACGUCAUCGAAGAGCCUUUAAACACCUCUGCAAGGCUCGCCGGACACAGCAUUUCAGUUAGGAAGCCUGGAUCUGAAAUUAUCUUGACAGGAUUUUAAUCUUUUUACAGUUAUUAUUUUUAUAUGUUUGAAAUAUAUGUAAAUAAUUGGUAAUACUAAAAACAUAUAAAAUGAAAAAGUGAUAUUUUUUAUUGUGAAAUUAAGAAUUUAUACUAGGUAUUAUUGUUUAUGUUUAGGAGUUAUACAAGAGCAAUUAAUCUGUUAUGGAUCUUACUAUGGAUGUUGAAUAGAGUAAAAUAAAUAUAUUAUACAAUGUAAA